GCUGGCAUGUUGACCUUCAUUUUCUGUGAAACUCUGGAUGCAGAAACAUUUAUUCAGUUUAAGGUUGCCCAUUCCAUUCCAGAGCGAGUGCGACCUGUGCACGCCGUGACCACCAAUCAGGAUAGACUUCCUUCCACGGCUGCACCUCUCGCCCACUGGACCAAACCAAACCAAAACCAUUGCCACCCCCACAACCUUCCACGUCUCGUCACAAGCCGCUUACAAAUACUCGCGUUCCAAACCACCAUUUCCCACCACAAACACCUCCAUCACCAUCACCACGGCACCACCACCUCCAAAUUCCAAUGUGUACGAGCAAACUAGAGGAGAUCACCGGCGAGUGGCCGCCGCCGGCAUUGCAGGCCGCCUCCACGACGUCGUCGUCGGAGCCGUGCCGCCGCCUCUCGCCGCCCAGCAGCAAGCGCCCCGCGGGGCGCACCAAGUUCCACGAGACCCGCCACCCGGUGUUCCGCGGCGUGCGGCGCCGCGGCCGCGCGGGGCGGUGGGUGUGCGAGGUCCGCGUGCCGGGCCGCCGCGGGUGCAGGCUCUGGCUCGGCACGUUCGACGCCGCCGACGCCGCCGCGCGCGCCCACGACGCCGCCAUGCUCGCGCUCCGCGGCCGCGCCGCCGCGUGCCUCAACUUCGCCGACUCCGCCUGGCUGCUCGCCGUGCCGCCCCCGGCCACCCUCCGCUGCGCCGCCGACGUCCAGCGCGCCGUGGCGCGGGCGCUGGAGGACUUCGAGCAGCGGGAGUCAUCAUCGUCCGUGUUCCCACUCGCCAUCGACGUCGUCGCCGAGGACGCCAUGUCCGCCACGUCCGAGCCGUCCGCCGCGAGCGACGACGACGCCGUCACCAGCAGCAGCAGCACGACCGACGCCGACGAGGAGGCAUCACCGUUCGAGCUGGACGUGGUGAGCGACAUGGGCUGGAGCCUGUACUACGCGAGCUUAGCGGAGGGCCUCCUCAUGGAGCCGCCGGCUUCCGGCGCAUCGUCCGACGACGACGACGACGCCAUCGUCGACUCAAGCGACAUCGCUGACGUGUCUCUGUGGAGCUACUAGCAUUGAAGCAGACGCGCGUCAUGCUCUUGUACAUAAAAGAGUGACUUCCUAAUUAACAGCAGCUGAGCAUGUAUGGCCUUGUAUAUAGGGUUUUUUUUUUUUUGAUCGCUGUACAUUUUUCCUACCUCUGGAAUCUUUGAUUCCUAUGUACGGUUUCCUCAUUUCGGCAUGUUUUGAGUGAUUGAGAGUGAAAUUAUAAAAAAAUGUCAUGCAUAAUCAAAGACUA